ACUAGCAGAGGCUGUGACACCGCGAACAGCGAAAAUCCAAGCCUUUGCCGAAUUCAAAUAUGUGUUCCUUCGCUCCAGACCGCUUUAAAAUGAGUUGGAAAGUCCUUCCCUGCGCCUAGAAAAAGAGGGUUCCCCGCGGCUCUGGGCAAACAAGGCUGGAUCCGGAUCUCUGCGAAGAACUGGUGGCGAGAGGCAGGCGGCGAUUGGGGAUUGCGCCUGGAACUGCACCGGAGCGCCGGAUUCCUCUCUAGCUGUCUCUCUCUCAAUUCAAAUUUAAACGCGUGCGUGUUUAUUUGUCUUUUAUUUUAUUUUUUUUCUGAUCCUCGGUCUCACGCUCGCAACCUGUGGGUUCCGCCUGGUGCGGCGAGGAGGGGAGGCGGGGAGAGGCAAGUCUCCCCUCUUCAGGCUCCCCCCUGGCAGGGUCUGGCCGGGGGGCGCGUCCGCGGCGGCGGGCCAGGACAGUGCCCCGCUGCCCUCUGGCCUAUCUGCCCCCGGGAAGCUCCGGGCCUUAAUUGCCGAGCCGGUGACUAUUGGCUGAAGUUCCCCCGCGAUUUGCAUGAACAGAGAGGGAGUGUCUAGUGUCGCCCUCCCGUCUGGAGCGCGCCGACUGCAGCCUCGCCGGGAAUGAGCGGCCGAGGGAAUGCGCGCAGCUCGCGGGCCCUGGCACUGAGCUGGCGUCCGGCGACUUGGCACCCGCGCCUGGAUAUGGGGCGUCUCAAUCGUCCCAGGAGCAGCACCAGCACCAGGAACCUACAGCAUCUGUUUCUGAUCUUCCUCUUCGUGGGACCCUUCAACUGCCUCGCGAGCUACAGUCGGGCCACGGAGCUCCUGUACAGCCUGAACGAGGGACUCCCUGCGGGGGUGCUCAUUGGCAGCCUGGCCCAGGACCUGCGGCUGGUGCCCCCGGCCGGCGGGAGGAAUGAGCCGCAGUGGCAGCCGCUGGAGCGCUCCGGGGCAGAGCUGAGCCCUCCGCUCUCCUUCAGCCUGGCCUCCGGGGGGCUGAGUGGCCAGUACGUAACCCUGGACAACCGCUCCGGGGAGCUGCACACUUCUACCCAGGAGAUCGACCGAGAGGCCCUGUGCCUGGACGGAGGUGCGGGCGCCGCGUGGGGCGGCAGCAUUUCCAUUUCCUCCGCCCCUUCCCCAGACUCUUGUCUUCUGCUUCUGGAUGUGCUGGUCCUGCCUCAGGAAUACUUCAGGUUUGUAAAGGUGAAAAUCGCUAUCCGAGACAUCAAUGACAAUGCCCCACAGUUCCCUGUGUCCCAGAUCUCCGUGUGGGUCCCAGAAAAUGCACCAAUAAACACCCGGCUGGCCAUCGAGCAUCCUGCCACCGACCCAGAUGUAGGCACUAACGGGGUACAGACCUAUCGCCUCCUGGACUACCACCGCAUGUUCACCCUAGACGUGGAGGAGAAUGAGAAUGGAGAGCGCACCCCCUACCUAAUUGUCAUGGGUCUACUGGACAGGGAGACUCAGGACCAGUAUGUGAGCAUCAUCAUAGCUGAGGAUGGAGGCUCUCCACCUCUCCUGGGCAGUGCCACGCUCACCAUCGGCAUUAGUGACAUUAAUGACAAUUGCCCUCUCUUUGCUGAAUCACAAAUCAAUGUCACUGUGUAUGGGAAUGCGACCGUGGGCACACCGAUUGCAGCUGUGCAGGCUGUGGAUGUAGACUUGGGAGUCAAUGCUCAGAUCACCUACUCUUACAGCCAGAAAGUUCCCCAGGCAUCCAAGGAUUUAUUCCACCUGGAUGAAAGCACCGGCGUCAUUAAGCUUUUUAGUAAGAUUGGGGGAAGUGUUCUGCAAACACACAAACUCACUAUUCUCGCCAAUGGGCCCGGCUGCAUCCCGGCUGUGAUCACAGCCCUGGUGACCAUCAUCAAAGUCAUUUUCAGACCACCUGAAAUUGUUCCUCGUUAUAUAGCGAAUGAGAUCGAUGGCAUUGUUUACCUGAAAGAACUGGAACCCGUGAACACCCCGAUUGCAUUCUUCACCAUCCGGGAUCCAGAAGGCAAGUACCAGGUGAACUGCUACCUGGAUGGGGAGGGGCCUUUUAAGUUAUCCCCCUACAAACCCUACAGUAAUGAAUACUUGCUGGAAACCACGAAACCUUUGGACUAUGAGCUCCAGCAGUUAUAUGAAGUAGCUGUGGUGGCCUGGAAUUCCGAGGGAUUUCAUGUCAAAAAAGUUCUUAAAGUGCAACUCUUAGAUGACAACGACAAUGCUCCCGUUUUCCCUCAGCCCUUGAUCGAACUCACCAUUGAAGAAAACAACACCCCCAAUGCCUUUUUGACGAAAUUAUAUGCUACGGACGCUGAUAGCGGAGAGAGAGGCCAAGUUUCUUAUUUUCUGGGACCUGAUGCUCCGUCAUAUUUUUCUUUAGACAGUGCCACAGGCAUCCUAACUGUUUCAACUCAGCUGGACCGAGAAGAGAAAGAAAAGUACAGAUACACAGUCAGAGCCGUUGACUCUGGGAAGCCACCCAGGGAAUCUGUAGCUACAGUGACUCUCACAGUACUGGAUAAAAAUGACAACAGCCCUAGGUUUAUCAACAAGGAUUUCAGCUUUUUUGUGCCAGAAAACUUCCCUGGAUAUGGUGAAAUUGGCGUAAUUAGUGUAACAGAUGCUGAUGCCGGGCGAAAUGGAUGGGUGGCCCUCUCCGUGGUAAACCAGAGUGAUAUUUUUGUCAUCGACACAGGCAAGGGCAUGUUGAGAGCCAAAGUCUCUUUGGACCGAGAACAGCAAAGUUCCUAUACUUUAUGGGUUGAGGCUGUUGACGGGGGUGAGCCUGCACUUUCCUCCACUGCAAAAAUCACCAUUCUCCUUCUUGACAUCAAUGACAACCCACCUCUGGUUUUAUUUCCUCAGUCUAACAUGUCGUACUUGCUGGUACUACCUUCGACUCUCCCCGGCUCCCCAGUGACAGAGGUCUAUGCAGUCGACAAAGACACGGGCAUGAACGCCGUUAUAGCUUACAGCAUCAUAGGAAGAAGAGGUCCAAGGCCCGAGUCUUUUAGGAUUGACCCUAAAACUGGCAACAUUACUUUGGAAGAAGCAUUGCUGCAGACGGACUAUGGUCUCCAUCGUUUGCUGGUGAAAGUGAGUGACCAUGGUUAUCCUGAACCUCUCCACUCCACGGUCAUGGUGAACUUAUUUGUCAAUGAGACUGUCAGUAAUGAGAGCUACAUCGAGAGUCUGUUAAGAAAGGAGCCGGACAUUAGUAUAGAGGAAAAAGAACCACAGAUCUCCAUAGAACCGACUCAUAGGAAGGUAGAAUCUGUCUCCUGCAUGCCUACCUUAGUAGCUCUGUCUAUAAUAAGCUUGGGUUCUAUCACACUGAUCACAGCCAUGGGCAUCUACAUCUGUUUAAGGAGAGGGAAAAAGUAUCACAGGGAAGAUGAAAAUUUGGAAGUACAAAUUCCACUGAAGGGAAAAAUUGACUUGCAUAUGAGAGAGAGGAAACCGAUGGAUAUUUCUAAUAUUUGAUACUAUGUUUGUGGAAAAACACAAAGAUGUUUUAAUUAACUUUGGGUAGUCUUCACCACCUAAACAAGAUGUGUGUGGACGGUCGUUCCAAUGAAGGACAAGUAAUUUAUAACAUGUACUAUAGUGUAAAUGGCUGUUUACAGGUUUUUAAAUUUAAAAAAAAGAGGUUAUAAAAUGUGUACAGCAUUUUUUAAAGAAAAUUAGUACUAACAACUAUAGAACUGUUAUUAAAAUAAAAGGUUUGGAUGCGAUUUGCAGCUUUCAUACAACAAGCAGAUGAUUGCUAAAACUUGGGAGCAAAGGUAAGAAAAUGAAACACUGCUUCCCCCCCACCCCCCCAAAAAAAUGUCCUUUAACCACAAGAGGGCAUCAGAUGCUCCUUUGCAAGGAACUAUUUUGAGGUAUUGUACAUGACAGUUGUUGUACAUGAAAUUAAUGAAAGAGUAUAUUUUAAAUAUAUUGUUUUUAACAUUUAAAAUAUGAAAUUAAAAACUAAAUUUUACCCUAAUUAAAUGUAUAAGAAAGAAAAGAGAUACAUUUAUAAAUAGAAAUUUUAUUACCUCAUAAGUACCUUAGGUGUAGUUUAAAAGAGAAGGCAUUACUGAGAAAGUUCAUUUCCUUUUAGCAAGAAUCAGACCUUCCCAUGUGUUGCAGAUUCUAUUGCUAAACAGUAUCUCACGUUCUGUGUGCUCACAUUGCUUUCUGUCUUCUACCACUGCACUUGUUUUAUCAUGGGGAGAAAUAUACUGAACAUGUAACUUGAAAGUGUGUCCACAAAACACAGCCAGAAGUAAUGUUUCAAAUCCUUGGUUGCUUUGGAGGUGUUGCUAUUCUGAUGCUUUCAGUUUGUCUGUAGGACCUUUAUACUUUGUUUACAUACUAGAUUUUUACAAGCUACAACUCAUCCCUCACUUAAAAAAAUCAUAAUAAAAUGAAAUUAUUCUAGACUGUAGUGUGCACUACUGGUUGGUUGUUUAGUUCAGUCUUUUAUAUGAAAAUUGUACUUAUUGUUUUGUGUUGUUGAAGAUUGUGAGCUACUACUCUGGCUUCCUUUCUCUGGUUUUGGAUUCAGUCCAAGAGUUUAUUUGCUAGCGCAGCAGCAUAUUUCUUUGGUAAUUUAACUUUUACUGACUCCUUUGCAAUGAAGCAAAUUGGAUCAUCAGGAAUUGAUUACAUCCACCUCAUUGUGUGACCUGAAAAUUUCAUUUUACAUGAGACCUACAGAAAAUUUAUCUGUGUAAACAAAGAAUGUGUUAGCUUAAUUGGAUCAUUCUGCUUUUGUCAUCAUGUCUCUGUACUGUACCAAAAGUGUUUAUAUGUCUGACAAUUAAAGGUAUAUAUUUUCAUAAUUGCUUUCUCAUUUUUACCAUUUAUAUUUGAACAUGUUUUUUUUUUCUUUCCCCAAAGUGCCUGUUAUUGGCAUUUGCUUGCUUUUAGAGGUAAAUGUGGGUAAAGUGUAAAUAUUCUGCUAAACUGCAGUUUAUAUUAAACUAAUUCUUUACUCAAUUAAACAUUGGGUAAAUCAUUAAGUAUUUGUAGCUAUCAACAUAUAUACACACACACAUAUGUGUAUUUAAUAAAGAGUAUGCCCAUGUUUGAAGGAAGUCCAAGUAUAAAAAUCUAUACUCAUGCACGUGAACAUGAAUAUUUAUUAUUGGUUUAGCAUCAAUGACAAACAUUUCUCUUAUAGCUAAUCCUCUGAUACUGGUAUUGAAAUAGCUUUCAAUAUUUAAAAAAGUAAAAAUACAUUGCAAAACAAAAAGAACUAAAUGGGAACAUCCACAUCUUUGGAAACUACUUUUUGUUUUUCAUUUCCAUCAAUUUCACAAUUUACAUAAAAAUAAGCAUAUGAAGUGUACAUAUUUGUUAAAAUAUUUAUAUUUUUAUUGCAAAAUCUGGUGUUUGAGAAGCCCCCAAGCUAAGAUGUUAAGAUCCUUUAACUCCAUCCCAAACUUUAUAAUCAUAAUUUAUGCAAAGCAUAGAGGAAACCAUGCUUUAUCAUUCAUAUUUUGCAUUAUUUCUCCUUUUAACUGUAAGGAGCAGUAUAUCAAACAAGUAACGUAAUUAAUUAAAAUAAUCUAAAAUUGUGAUGAUUUAAUUAUAAUUUACAUAAAAAGUAUUCUAUUUAUUUCCAAAUAUAAAAAAACUUUCAUGUAAUUUGGUGUAUGAACUUUAUUUCCAGCAUGCAAAAUGCCUGUAACAUUAAUAAAAUCUCUUGUUCCUGAAUAAUUUCUUGUGGCAAAACUUCCUUUAUAAAUUCAAAUCAUUCACUUUAAAAACAUUUAUAACAAGGGAAGUUAAAGUAAAUCAAGCUCAAAGAUAAAAGCCCCUUUCUACUAACACCUUGUGCUAGAACAGUUGCCAAAAUGUAUGCUAAUCAUGUCAACGUUGUUAGUUGAGCUGGCACAAAAAUAAAUGUUCCAUUCAUUAAAUACCCUAAUAUCCGUUUAACAGUUUGAGAACCAGUGAGUUCUCUUUGCCCAAAUUAGUGAAGAAGAGAUUGCUCUGAUCUUUGCACAGCCAAAUCUAUCCUUAUACAACAGGAAAAAAAAAGUAUUAAGUUGCAUCAGGAAACUCUAAAUCCAACAUAGCAAUUUCAGCUACAUGGAUAAAAACAAUUUAUGUGACUUGACCCUUUAAAUUUCCUCCACAUAUUAAAAAAAAAAGUCUUGGCUGCUAUGCUUCUGUCACUGACAGUUAAAGAGAAAAAGGGAAAGUGUUUCUUGUAAGAGGAAUUUUGUAGUAGUAUUAUGUGAAAAAUUACUUUCUAUAAUACAAUUUUUUUGUACUUUAAAAAAAUCACCAAUCAUGGUCUUGCUAUGACAAAAGAUCACUGAAACAGUAAUAGGGAUGAAAUAUCAGCUUAAAUGGAUUGUAUUAAGAUUCUCACAUAAAGUGUUUAACAUGUACUCUCAGAAGUAUUCCUAAUUGGCAACUGUAUAAGGAGGAAUUAAGCAAGCCACUCCUUGGCAGAUUCAGGUUCCAAUCUCCUUUCAGCAGGAAAAGGACUUUGAUGUUCUGAUCUUUGACAGAUAAUGGAGAAUGUAAUGAAAGGAGAGUGAUGAGCAGUACUGAGUUUAUGGUGAUCAAUUACUUCACUGGGCAGCCUCAGCUCAUGAAGACCAGAGACAGAUAUCUGAACAUGUUAUUCCUUCUGAGUACAUUUUUGCUCACUAUAGAAAAGCAGUAAAUUGCUGCAAAAUGCCAUUUUGUUGACUUGUAUAAUCUCCUUGUAUCAAUGUACCUUUACAAAGUGAGUCUCAAAUAAAUAGUAAUUGAAGGAAAGAUAAUAAAAUGUUAUAAGUGGACUAAAAGGAAUAAGAAAAAAAUGGUAACUCCUAACAACAAUUAAAAAAAACAUCAUAAUGUUUGUAGUAGUUUCUGAUAGAAAAAUUUUCGAAUAUAUAUGUAGCUAGAUAUAAGGAAAGAGUGAGAAAAGAGAAAGACUAUUCCCAGUAAUCUGUAAUACAUAAUAAUAUCUGCAUACAUAGAGAACAUAGUAAUUUUAUUUUUUCAUUUUUUUGCAAUCUUUAUACAUAGUAAUUAAAAAAUGAUUGUUAUUGCAUAUAAUCAAUGUAUCACUAUUAUCCUGUUGCUCAUCGAUUUGCUCAAGUGGGCACCAGUAACGUCUCCAUUUUGAGACUUGUUAUUACUGUUUUUGGCAUAUCAAAUAUGCCACAAGUAGCUUGCCAGGCUCUGCCAUGCGGGCGACAUAUCUCGGUAGUUUGCCAGGCACUCCAAGGGGCAGCGGAAUCAAACCCGGGUUGGCCGUAUUUAAGGCCAACACGCCCUACUCACUGUGCUAUCGCUCCAGCCCAUUGCAUAUAAUGAUUUCAAAAAUUAUUUUUUCUCUAAUAAAGUCCUAAAGUGUGAAUUUAUGCCUCUAGGAUAAUAAAAUUUGGAGACCUUUAGGAUGACCUUUAAGACUUAACCCACUAAGGUGAAGAGGUUCAAGUAAUGCGUUGAUUAAAAUAGGAAAAUAGGAAUAGGAAUCACCCACUCCUUCACAUCAUAUAUGUUUAUUUUAGUACUCUAUUCAACAAGGAUUACUGAGAAAAGUAGAUUUCCUUGAUGAAAUUAGACUUUUUAAUGUGGAAGUUUAGUACGAAAACCUUCCACAUCUAAACAUUGUGUGUGUUAAAUGCUCAUACUCAGCGUGCUCUGUGACAGAACCUAGCCCCAUUUCUGAAAGCCUUGGAGAAACUUUUCAAGGUACAAUCUCUAAUUUUGGCCCAUUCAGAGUAUGUACGGUCUACAUUGAAUCUGAAAAAAUAAUUAGAAGGGGUGAGUGGGCAGAAGGACAGAGGAAAGAAUUCGCACAGGAGGAAAUAGUAUAUAAGGCAUGCAGUAAAGUACAACUAUCAUGAUCAAAGAACCAUAGGCUUGGCAAUUCUUGAUUGAAAAGAUAAAAAUAAUAAGGGAUAUUAUUAAUAAUGAGCUUGAACAUUGUUACAUUGUUAUAAACAUCGAAGGAACUCAUGUUAUAAUUGGAUAUUGUAAUUUUAUUCCAACGUAAUAGAAGUUUGAAGGAUUUUGAUUAAGCAAUUUGUAUAUAAAAAACAUCCCUUUAGCCACAUGUUGAGCUUGUGUUGAAUAAGUUUAUGGAAGUUGAUUAGAAAGUGCUGUUGUUGGGGAUGGGGAGAUAUACAGUGAGUGAAACAGUUUCUUUGUCAGCAGCCACUUGGGUCAGAUUCCUGGCAUGACAUAUUGACCCGUGAGCCUGAAGUAUCCUGAGCACAGUGGCAAGAGUAAACUAUGGGAACAGUUGGAUGUGAACCAAAACAAAACCAACAAAAAGGUAUACUAGUGACAAUGUAAGUGAAAGUGGGGAUCUUAAACUUUAAGUAUAUAAAACAGCUUUAGGAUGGGAUCAAUUAAAUAAGUAAUCAACAACUGGUCAAUUAGAAAAAAAGUAUUUAUUAAUCAAUAUAUGGUAAACUAGAAAGUUUAUAAUUUUCAUCAUUUGCUUUCAAGCCUAUUUUGGAAGUUUGAAAAGAAAAGAAAUUCACUUACAAAACAUCAAAUUUGCAAUUAUAACACUUAAAGCAAAUCCCCCUAUAUAAUGCUGGCUUUAUGAAACAGAUGGAAAUAUAGGCACCCUAAUUUACCCAGGUUUAUUUCAUAUUGUGACUGUCAAGUGUAUUUAGUUUAACAAACAUUACUGUGUGCCCACAUGCUUAAUAUUCAAACAUGAGCCUCUGACCUCCUCAAGGCUAUUUCAUUCAAGGCAUUUACAAUAUUUUACUUACAAUGGCACUAAAAAUCUCCAUAUAAAUUUAUUUUGUGGAAAAAUUUUGAAGACAAUUAAACAUUGAGUGUUUAUUAUGAAAAUAUACUUUCAAGUCUUGUAUGAAAGUCAAUAAAUGUGAUAUGUCUGUUUCAGCAAUUCUAAAAAAGAUCCAGAGAAUAAGAGCUGGUGAGAUAGAUAGCCUAGGCCAAGAAGUACACAUACUAGAAGCUUUAAUAUGACUUUUGUAUGAAGUAUGUUUGCUAACAUAUAUUGAGCCUUAGAUGAUCUGGUGUAAAAUUAAAAAUUAAAUAGUAUCUAGUACCUCUAGAGAUAUUUUGAAAUCCAAGCUAAAGAAAUAUAAAGUACAAGCAAAAAGAUCAUUGUAUCUGAUCCUAGAUUCAAGGAAAAUAUCUUUUCACCCAAAAAUGUGAUUCUCACAGACUCUUUUAUGUGGAAAUUAUGAACUUAUUCUAUCUCAUGGUAUGAUUUUGAAAAUAAACUUACCUAGAGUGAACUAUUUCCUACAACUGAAUUAUUUCACACUUAUUAUUAUUAUUACUCUUAUUGUUAUCAGGUUAAGUGAUGUCCUAUAAGGGCUUUAUUUGCAAUUUUUUCACUUAUUAGUAUAUCAAUUUUAUGCAAUCUAUAUCUUAUAAUGUAUUCAAAUUAUAUUUUAAAUUGAAAACAUUAUACUGAGUCAUUUCUACAGUUCCAUUGCAUAGUAAUUUAUAAUUUAAACUAUAGUUCUUACUCUUAUGAGACUUCUGAGUGAAAACAGAAGGCUUCAUAGAGUUAUAAUAGAAAAAAGUCAGAUGGCUGCAUAAUGACAAGGGUAAAUAUAUAGAGUAUGUAAAACACGUAGGCCUUUAAUAUAAGCAUUAUAAUUGUCCCUAAGAUUAAGUAGUAGAAGUAUCCCCAAGCCCCCAAUAAAAAGUGACUUAUGUCUUAAUUUUCCAAAAUUGCUGUCAUAUAUAUGUGUAUAUAUGCUUAUAUAUGUAAAUAUAUCUCAUACAUAUGUGUAUAUAUGAAAGAAGAGGACUGAUAAUUUGUAAUAUGGGAAAAUACAUUUACUCAUGCAAAGUAAAUGUAUAUUAGGUAUAGAAAGAAUAAUUUCUAACUGUAGAUUCAAAGGAUAUAUUAGAUUGAUAAGCAAAUCAUUUAACUUGCAUGUUAAACAGAGGUUAAAAUCAAAAUAACUGAAUGUUAGCAACUCACUUAUUCACACUAUCACUCAAAGUAUACUACUUUACAAGUCUGAAGAUAUUCUUUAUCACUUACUGUCUGCCUUAUAGGUUUUAGCACAAUAUUCUGAAGCAUUAGCAAAUAUAAAUGACAUUGUCAUUAAUUUCCUAAAUGCAUUUAUUAACUAUGCUUAUUAUAAUGACGUUCGUGUUCUAGUGCCUGUUUUCUUUAUUCUCUUUUUCCACUUCAAAAAAUUUAUGUUUUAUAUUUUGAAAGACCAUGUAAAUAUUGCUAGAUAUGUUUCUAUUCCCAUCUAUGUUUCACCUAUGGCUUUUUUACAUGCACCUCUAUCAAGAAGAAACAAUAGUUCAUGAUGGCAGAUGAGAAAGUACUGCUAACAGAUAUAUACCACAAACUGGAAGCUAAUGAGGUGGUAAACACAAUUAUUGGAAAAGUAUAAUUCAAAACAUAUUUAAAUUACAAAGUAGGGGUCAAAUGUUUCUGUGGAAAUGGGAGAAAACUUAAAAAAAAUAUAACACAUAUUUCUUUGGUUCCUUUUGAAACUUAGAUGUUCCUAUAUCUCUGUGGCACACCAUUCACUUGAAGGAUUAAAUAAAUACACUAGGUACUAUCACAAGCUAAUCUGGAUAUAAAUAUUUAAACUUUAAACCAACAUUUAAACAAUUUUAAGAUAUUAAUUGAAUCUACAUAUGUAUGAGUAACCCUGCUACUGUAUUUUAAAAAUAGCUCAAAUUUCCAUUUUGAAAAUAUAUGUUUAUUAUUUCAAGACAUAGUUUUAAAAAGUCUAUCAUUUUAACUGAGGCACCGGGAAUGAUAAAAUUAAUAUACUUACAUAUGUACAUUAUUCUGACCAGAGCAACUAAUUCCCUCCACCAAUGUCCAAGUACCUGUCCCUACAAGACCAUCAGGCUAGCUUAGUUCAGUAGACAAAAUACUCAGUUCUUAUGUCUUUGGACAAUUGUUGUUUUCUAUCAAAUUUACAGUUGUAUAAUGUUGUCUCAAGAUGCUUUCCCUGGUAAACUGAGGUUUUGAUUUCAUGGAGUAUGAAAUGUCCUUAGAGAAAUGUUACGUAAAUAUAUCAAAUAAUAUUAUAGAACUGUGUUUUCAAUGUUAUAAAGAUCUGAUGAAAUGUAAUAAAGAACACUUUAAUGUUAAUGUAAAAAAGUUACUGUUCCUAUGUUCUAAAUUUCCACUUCCAUUAUGAAAAAAAAUGUACAUUGUUGAGAAGGACACACUAAAAAUUUCAGUGAAAAUAUAGUCUAAAUAUUUUAAAGGUGGUUUGUUAUGGACACCUAAAAAGAAAUAAAAAAAUAAUUAUUUAAAAUGUAUUUUUUUAAAUUAACAGUAAACUAAUUCCUUUUGAAAAUUAUUAUGCACCCAAGAUCCUCAGUGCCACUCCAGUUGUUUUUUUUUAAACUGGUUUUCUUCACAUUUUUGGAGUAAAAUUUUAAAUUCCUAAAAAUUUUUCAAAGUUAUAUGAAAAGUUAUAUGAAUAUAGACAAUACUAACAAUAAACCAGGUGCUACAAAGCAUA